ACGAAAUGAAUGUGACGGUUUGAGAGAAGUAUUUAGUAUUUGCGUCGUUCGCGACGCAGCGGGUCUCUUCGUUUUCAGUUGGCAGUCAAGACUUUGGUGGAGGUUGCUUGGGGUUCUGUGAUAUGGAGCGAUGCAGUUGUAUACCUUGUUGCGGCUGUUAUGAUCGUUGCUGUUUUUGAAGAGCUGUAACUCUGAAGAACUGGGUUGCAAUGCAGAUGGUUGUACGACGCGACGAGGCAGAGGGCGGAGGGUCGUGCAAGAUUUGAUGCAGCCUCACAAUGCAGAUGCAGAUCCUGUCGGAGGAGUUGGUGUGUAGAAGCAGCUGAGCUGCCCCCCCCCUGCCCCGGCCCGGGGCUGUGGCAGUAGGUACUCCGUGAGAGCGUGGAGCGUCGGAGCAAAGGAGCGAAAGGAGCACACAGCACACAGACAC